AGCCUCCAAUGGAUCCUUUGAGACCUUCAUUCAGGGGCAGUGCCCUUUCCCAUCUGCCUGCCGGUGUACGGAUGCCAGGAUCUCUGGCACAGGCUCCAACAGCCCAGGGGGUGGCUCUGGGCAGGGCAGAGCUCUCCGCGGGCUCUUCGACUCUCACCCCCAAGCGUGGGCCGACGCCUCAGGAGAAGACUGCGGGCUUGUCCUCUCUCUUCCGUGGGCUGGGGUUUGAGACGGUGCCUCGGGCCCCAUUAGGACGAGGGAUCCCGACGUUAGGGAGAGGCAUUUUGGGUAGAGGCCUGCAAUGUGCCCAGGAGUCCAAGGAUGAAAAAGAGCUUCCGAGGGAGCCACCCUUCUCCGUGCCCGCAGCGGUGGCAGCUGGCGACAGCAGGAUCGUCUCGCUUGGCCGGAGCAGGAUUCUCGGACGCGGAGACAAGGGUGUUCCUUGGCUCCCUCCUGGAAGAGCGACGGUCGGAUUAGGCAGAGCGUCUCCUAAAAUCCACAAUGACAUCUUUAUGCCUUCUUUGACUUCUACACCGUUACUGCUGCCCCGACCCCAAUCCUCCCACCUACCGUAUCUAGAGAGUCAUCCAGCCAAGCCCCUUGAAGAGAAAGAGAAGACGCAGGCCCUUAAAAAACAUGGAUGUAAGGGAACAUCCAACCCCCUCGGACUGAACCUAAUCAAAAUACACUGUCAGAAUGAGGCUGUGUACCAGUACCACGUGACUUUCAGCCCCGCUGUGGAGUGCCGAAGCAUGCGGCUCGGUAUGCUGAAAGACCAUCAGUCUGUCACCGGAGAUGUCACCGCCUUUGACGGGACGAUUCUCUACCUGCCGGUUAAACUGCAGCAAACGGUUGAAUUGAAGACAGUGAGAAGGACUGACGGAGUUGAAGUCACCAUCAAGAUUCAGUUGACCAAGAUCCUUGAGCCUAGCUCUGAUCUGUGCAUUCCAUUCUAUAAUGUGGUCUUCAGACGAGUGAUGAAACUUUUAGAUAUGAAGCUGGUGGGGAGAAAUUACUAUGAUCCGACAAAUGCGAUGUUUCUGCAGCAGCACAGGUUACAGAUCUGGCCGGGCUACGCCGCGAGCAUCCGAAGGACAGACGGAGGGCUCUUCCUGCUAGCGGAUGUCUCCCACAAGGUCAUUCGGAAUGACUGCGUCCUAGAUAUCAUGCAAGCUUUGUGUCAGCAGAACAGAGGGAACUUCCAGGAUGAAUGCACCAAACAGUUGUGUGGCCAUAUUGUGAUAACCCGUUACAAUAACCAUACCUACCGCAUUGAUGAUAUCGACUGGAGUAAGACACCCAAAAACACUUUCAUAAUGUCUGACGGGAAGGAAAUCACCUUCUUAGAGUACUACAGCAAAAACUAUGGGAUCACAGUCAAGGAUGAGGAGCAGCCCCUCUUGAUCCACAGGGCCACCCUGAAGCGGAAUGUCCCCGGGAAGCCGCUGUUGAGAGAGAUCCUGCUCCUGCCAGAGCUGUCCUUCAUGACCGGGAUCCCAGAGAAAAUGAGGAAGGACUUCCGAGCCAUGAAGGAUGUGAUCCAACAGAUCAACCUCAGCCCUAAGCAGCACCACAUUUCACUGCAAAUCCUGCUGCAAAAAAUCACCCAAAACGAGGCCGCCAGCCACGAAUUGACACGCUGGGGCCUGUGCCUAGAUAAAGAUAUAUAUAAGGCAAAAGGGCGACUUCUCCCAGUGGAAAGGAUCAACCUGCAAAGUUCUUCAUUUCUCCCAUCCCAAGAAUUAAACUGGACCAAGGAGAUAACUAGAGAAGCUUCCAUCUCGACUGUCCCCAUGCAUUUCUGGACACUGUUUUACCCUAAACGAGCGGUGGAUCAAGCUCGCGAGCUGGUCAGCAUGUUAGAGAAAGUCUCCGGCCCCAUUGGCAUGCAGAUAAGCCCCCCUGCCUGGAUAGAGCUGAAGGAUGAACGGACCGAGACCUACAUCCGGACCCUCAGAUCCGUGCUGGGAGUUGAGGGGAAGGUGCAGAUGGUGGUUUGCAUCAUAAUGGGCUCAAGGGACGACCUCUAUGGAGCCAUCAAAAAGUUAUGCUGUGUGCAGAAACCGGUACCCUCACAGGUCAUUAAUGCCCGAACCAUAGCCCAACCUACCAAGCUCAGGAGUGUGGCUCAGAAAAUCCUGCUGCAGAUUAACUGCAAAUUAGGGGGAGAGCUCUGGAGCCUGGACAUUCCGCUGAAACAACUGAUGGUGAUCGGGAUGGAUGUUUACCAUGACCCCAACAAGGGCAUGCGUUCUGUGGUUGGCUUUGUCGCAAGCAUCAAUCUCUCCUUCACCAAGUGGUAUUCCAGGGUGGUUUUCCAGAUGCCGCAUCAGGAGAUCGUGGACAGUCUGAAACUGUGUCUGGUGGGAUCUUUACAGAAGUUUUAUGAGGUGAACCACUGCCUGCCGGAAAAGAUUGUGGUGUACCGGGAUGGGGUGUCAGAUGGCCAAAUGAAGAUGGUUGCCAGUUACGAGGUCCCCCAGCUACAGAUGUGCUUCGAAGCUUUCGAUAAUUACCAGCCUAAGAUGGUGGUGAUCGUGGUUCAGAAGAAAAUCAAUACCAACUUGUAUUCAGCUACCACCGAGCACUUUGUGACCCCCGCCCCGGGCACCGUGGUGGACCACACCAUCACCUGCCGUGAAUGGGUGGACUUCUACCUGCUCGCCCAUCAUGUCCGGCAUGGCUGCGGCAUCCCCACCCAUUAUGUCUGCGUACUCAACACUGCCAACCUGAGCCCAGACCACCUGCAGAGGUUGACUUUCAAGCUUUGCCAUAUGUACUGGAAUUGGCCCGGCACCAUCCGGGUCCCAGCCCCCUGCAAGUACGCUCACAAGCUAGCUUUCCUGUCCGGCCAAAUCUUGCACCAUGAACCCGCCAUCCAGCUGUGUGAACAGCUCUUCUUCUUAUAAUGCAAAGAGUCAGUCAUCGAUUGGGAAGGGACAGGUAGUCUCUGUCCGAGGCUUGGGCAGAGACCCUCAGUUACUCUUCUUCCAAGAAAAUCAGGGACUAAAGGAAUUAAGUUUGGUGAAUAACGUUCCCCUUUCCUCCCCAGUAGCCCAGUGUUUUACAUUUUAUAUUUGUCUUAGUUUUAACUUCUUACUCCUGAAGGACUCCGGGCUCAUUUUCAGCCCUAAGAAUGUGCCCCAGGAAGUACCGUGUCCCAUGGGAGAGUCGAGGAAGGAGAAGGAAUGGGAAAGUGUGGGCCGAAGUGAGUAGGAGCCUGCUGUGGAAAUUUCCCAUCCCACUCUUGUCACCUCUGAUGCCUCAGGCAGGAGCUGAGGGGAGUGCUUUAAGCUCAGGGGGGAUAUGGCCAGUUGGAAGAGGAGGACACGAAGCCAGUGAAAGCGGAGUUUCCUAAGGAGGCAAUCACCCGCAGUGGCAGGCGGAGAAACCAGUACCUCAACCGGCCGAGCUGGUCCCUUCACGGUACCCGGGACUUGACCACAUCUGGUGCUAGGCCUAGUGUCAGAAAAGGCAGACUGAAAAAUCUGGAGUCCCUAAAGAGCCCGGGUCAUCCAGUUCGCGGUCUGGGAGGCCUGCCUCUUGCAUUCGGUUCCGUUGGGAGCAGGUGGGGUGUUAGGGUCCAAGGGUCAUCUGAACAGGAAUCAGAAGUGUGUUCAUCCUGGAAGUCUCCUCUUCCGUUUCCCACCUGUCAGCCAAGAGUAAACAGCAAAAAAUUCCCAUUUCAGUGCAAGGGUCUAAACGCUUUUGGAGAAAUUCAGCAGCGAACCAUGACUCUGCCGCGUGUGUGUCUCAGCUUCUCCCACCUCCCCGCGGCUUAAGGGUGGGUGUGUCAGAGUUUGUGAACCCAGCUGCAUAUUGACCCACAUCGCUAAGUUUUGACCCACUGUCCCUCCUGCUGGGCUUGCCGUCUGCCUCCUUGCACAAUGGUCUCUCUUCCCGGCUGUUGGGUAUUUUUGCUAGGAACCCUUCAGUAAGCUGAUUUUAGCAAGCGCAGUGUUCAUACAUAUCAAAGUCCAGGCAUUGCCAGGAAGAUGGGUGUUUGUCUUCUCACAAAAAUUAGGGACAGUAUGUUCUUGCUGGCAAAUGAGUUCCUCUUAAAUUAGGUUCGGGUUAAUUCCCAUAAGAGGAGGGCCCAAUUUCAGAAAUCUGUCCCCAAAAUCCUGCCUCUAGCACUUUCCCCUCCCUCUUCCUCAUUUUAAUUUUCUCUAUUUUUUAAAAAAAACCCACAAAUGUUAUUUAACUCUUGGGGGUAGGAGGGCGAGGAGAGAGGUACAUUUCACUUGCCAACAUGUUGAAGGGAAAUUUGGGUCAGCUAACACCAGGGAAAAAGCCUAACCAAAAAACUUCAGGGCUGGAGAACAGGGUCCACAGGAAGAUAGGAGAUGGAAACACUUCCGUUCCUCCAGUACUUUUCUGGUUUGUUUGUUUUUUUGGGUGAAGGAGGUGAGGUGACAGACCUAGAAUUUUAAAACUGCUCAGCCACAAACAUGUUGAGUUGCAAAUGUAUAUCAUACCACUUUCUUCUUCUCCCUGCAUUUUGAAUUUUCCUCUUGAGGUGACAUUUCCUGAACCGUUGUCUGUCCGUCUACAAUUCCCUAAGUAAUGCGAGCACUUUCCCGCUUAGUUUUAGUUUUAAUGCCAAACGAUUGGGAGGGGGGAAGAAGUCCACAACAAAAACCACUUGAAAAAUGUGCAGUUCUACUCAGUCAAAUGAUGAUGUGUCUUUACUAGGGUGCCUUUCCUCCAGCAAGCUCAAGGGCUUUGGGAGAGUCCUCCAAUUGUUGUCUUCCCCGGAGGGGUCACCCUUUCCCUAGCUGCCAAGGCGGUGUGAUUUCUCAGAAAGUGCUCAUGGCAGGUGCCUCUGCCUGGGCACAAAAGGGCCUGUAUUUCUCACCUUCCUCCCCAGCAGGCAGCAAUUUUCACUGAACUAGGGGAGAGCCAGCUCUGAAGACACUUGGCCCUUCUGUAACUGUUGGAUCUCAAAGUACUUUACAAAUGUUAACCCACCUCUUGAUUCAGCAUUUCUCACCCAUUUUCCAAAGCUUUGUCUUGAUGGUCUGACAUCGCUGACCAUUAGUUUCAAAGUCUUCGGGUUCUAGGCUGCACAGAGUGGAGUCAGCAGUGGUCUCCCAGGUAUGCAGUUCGGAUAGCACACCUUGGAGGGAUUCGGAAACCUUCCCGUCACAAGUCCGCUCCGGUAUAACACGUUUCUCAUGCUAGGACAAGUAGAUUUGGUGUAGUGUAGGGAGAAAAGGUCAUGUCCCCUGGCGUGGAGGCUCGUUGCCGCAACCUUACCGAACCAUGCCGUGCGUGCUUUUGUUUGUUUGCGCUUUUGCGAGCUGACAGUAUUAAAUACAGUGAAGUAACAGUGAGUGGCAAGAGUUCUGCAAGUAGUGGGCAAAAUAAUACAGGAAUUGGCUCCCAAAAUGUCAGUCAUGGAGGUAGCUUUGAGCCAUCUACCCAUUAAUACUCCAUUAAUUCUCAAUGAACCAGUGGUUACUAGAACACAAUUUUCCCACACUUGGAAAAGCAGAAAUUAAAGUAGAAAUAACUACAGUGCUGUUAAGUAUUGCCAUUAAGAGUUCGUGUUUUCUUGACAGACUCCACCCCACAGUUUCAUUCCUAGGAGGAAAGGGAAGGCAGAAUGUGGAGCCCAUCUGUGUAGUAUGCUGAGUGUGAAGCAUUUCUAUCCCUAUAGGCCGAUUAAAAAUAAUACACUAGAAAGAUUCUGCAGCAUUUCUGACCAAAUUUUAAGUUUCGUUGUAGCCUGGCUGGAAGGCAGAUGGCCUGGUUCAAAUUCAGGAACUUCAGUGAGUGAUUUUCUCUCCCUGUCACCUGGGCCUCAGUUUCUCCCUGUGCAGAGUAAGGAAAAUAGCCUCUCCCCCUCCCUAUUUCUCGGGACUGUUGGGGAAUGAAAACGUUGAGGAUGAUGGAUGAGUCUCAAUCUUAGGUCUUAAGCGAUGAGCAAGAGAAAUUAGGCAGAGUGCUUUGAACUCCUAGGAGAAGAGAGCAUUUUUGGAGUUGAGCUCCCUGUGAGCCGGGAAUGUGUCUACCAACUCUGUAGGAUCGUACUCUCGCAAGCAGUACGGUGCAGUGCUCUGUACAUACUAAGUACUCGUUCUCGGCACUGAUUGAUCGAUUUCCUGAUUCUGUUGGUAGGCAACUUGAUUUUAGCCUUGGUCUUGUUGCUGUUCAAUUGACGAUUACUUAUUCUCAAGGAAUCAGCCGAAGUCUAGGCUAUCUAUGUUUCGGGGUUUUUUUUCUCCAUUACAAUGGCGACAGGAAUAAGGGGCCAUUGUCUAGGCCACUUCCGCUCUGGAAAUUUGUGUUCUCUUAUUUUGGCCAUGAUAACAAUGCAAAAGGCCAGGAUGCUUGUUUGGCUUUCCCCCUAAAGCCUUUUUAGCUGCUCCAUGGGAAGUGGGAAUCGAGUUAAUCAGACAGUGGUAUUUACCGAGAGCUUACCGUGGGCAGAGCACUCUACGGAGCAGUUGGGAGAGUAUAUUACAGGAGAGUCGGGAGACAUAUUGUUUGUUCGCUGCCCAAAAGGAGCAGCAUCUGCUGGGAUAGCCUUCCCUCUGUGGGCCUGCCACCUGAAAGGCCAGGCCAGGGGGUCCCACAAAAGGCCUGACCAGGGGGCCCGACAAAAGUCGGGUUUCCUGCCAAUAGAAUCAUGGCAGGAAGAACUUUGGGGAGCCCAGUGCAGAGCCAGUCAAUUGGAACCAGGGGGAACCAGGACCCGAUCCCCCAGAGCAGCUGCCUUUGUCAGACCUAGAGAAGGGCUGCCUCUGGGAACUCUUGGAGGGCUCUCUGCAGUGUGGGCAGCUGCGGCUCUUUCCCUCCACCCACUCCCGCUCAGCACUGCACCAAGAUUAUCUUAGUGAGCUUGUGUGCUGCACCUGCCCGGUGCCCACAUAGGUCUCCUUUUCCUGCCAUUUCUUCCCCCCGCUUGGAACACUUGACCUCGCCCCUUCGGAGGCCCACCCCCAGUCGAACUCUGUCAGAAAAUCUGGUCCUGGAUAUUGGUGCCAACGCUUGAGUGGGGCACAUGGGGGGAGGAGAGGGGAAGCUAGCUUUCCUAGAAAACCACUUCCCUUAUAGCGAUUUGGCAAGAGAAGCUGGGGCUGCACCUCCUGCCCCUCUUUGGGAAGUGCUGAGAUCAUUUGAAGCCGGCCGUGCUGGGAGCCAGGGCCGUGCUCCCCGGAGAGGAAGGGACUCCAACCCUCAGGCAGUCCCCUAAGACAGAGGGUUGCCCCUUCCACCAAAGUCCUGCCAAAACAAACCUCCAUCCCCAACUUCACCCCACUCCAGACCACACAAAGUCAAGUGUUUCAGGGGUGGGUUUUUUGUAUGUGUUUUUUAAGCGCUUACUAUAUGUCAAACACUGUUCUGAGCGCUGGGGUAGAUACAAGUUAAUUAGGUGGAAUACAGUCCCUGUCUCACAUGGGGCUCACAGUCUAACCAGGAGGGAGAACAGAGGUUCUGCCUUCCUCCCAAAGACUCUCGCCCUGUCCUCACCUGCAGGAUGCAAACUUUCCCUGUGCCUCUUUUGGUGGCUUUUGGAUCAAGUUGACGAAGGACCUGAGGGAGAGCUUUGGGAGGAAAGCAAACCAAAGCUUCCAACCUUUGCGCCUAAAUAUUGCAUAGUGUCAGGUUCUUGGCAGUGUGGAACGGUACAGAUGAUGGACUAUAGAGGCAUCUAAAAUGCCCCAAGCCAGGAGUUCUCGUGCCCUUAAGUAAGUAGUAAGAGGUUAGAUAUUUCCGCAGGAAGGCCGUAAGGAGAGCCCAGGAAGGGACAGAGAGAGGAGUAAAAGGAAAAAAGAAGGUGGCCAUUAGGAACCAGGACUCCAUGUCCCUUUUGGGUCUGAUACGUUGUUAAUGAUUGAUUGUAUUCUUCUACUGGAUUACCGAUAGAGGCUUAUUGACUUUUAUUGUCCUGUCACACACUACCUGUGUGGACUUUGGCAGCUCUUGCCACAGCCUGGUUGCGAAUAACAAGCAAAAAACCAUCGAGAGGCCUUUGCAGGGAGCUGCGGCCAUGUCCUGUCCUCCCUGUACUUUGGACGAUCCCUUUGGCAAAUGCCUUGAUUCUGCAUCCACCCCCGCCCCCCAGCCUCCGACCCUUCCACUUUGGUUGCACCUGCCUCUCAGGAGGGAAAGCGCGGAUGGGUCGGCUUCUGCAGUGAAUACCCAGCUUUAAAGGAUGGAGAACAGAACUCUUUGGAACGGAGAUCCCGUCCCAGUUCCAAGAUCCCCGGAGCUGGAUUGUGCUGGGAAAUGGGUUUGAAGCAUCCCCCCCGACCUUUAGGUCUCCUAGGUGCCAGAGUGAGCUUUCCCGUAAAUGGCUUGCGCACUCAGACUUCAACCAAGGCCGGGUUGGCGUCCUCUCUCGAGCAGAUCACGGGUGAGAGAGUGAUCGGGGAGAGCCUUUGACCAGGCUGUAGGACUUUCUUUUUACUAGGAGCUCAGAGCCCAGAUAAUCUGGUCAGGAUAAGCGUAGUCUCUCUGUAAAUAGGUGAUAAGUGUUACUUGGGCCUAGAAUUGCAGGCUAGCUGAAAAUCUGGAGCUGUCUCUGGUCAGAGAUACUCAUAGGCCCGGCUGGGCCUAAGGUCUCUUCAGGGCUCUGUAGGGGGUAAAUGGGGCUAGCGUCAAAUGGCAAGGUAAGUGCAGGUUUUUGUUUUUUUCUGGGUCCGAAAGGCACGUGACCUCACUGUCCAAGAACAAAAACCGUAACAAGCUAGAUCUUUUUCAAGGCCUUGCCACCCAAAGCCAAACACGCUCAGAGUCUCGGUAGCCAAGCUAGAGAAAGGCAGUGUCCCCAAGGUGAUUAAACUGAGCCACAGAAAAGCAGGAGGUGCCGGAACACAACUUAUGAGGAGCUCUCCAUUAUCCCAGGGAGCUGGAACCUCUUGAGCUAUCCUUCCUCUUCCAAGAAGCCUUCUCUGAUUAAGCCCUCUUUUCCCCUACUCCGUCUCCCUGCUGUGUCAUCUGUGUACUUGGAUCUGUACCCAUUAAGCAUUUACUGUUUGCCCCAUCCUGUGCCCCAGGGCACUAAUGUUCUUUAGUUGUAUUAAUGCCUGUCUCCCUUACAGUCUUCUAGGCUGAAAGCUCAUUGUGGGCAGGGAACGUGUCU